AUUAUUAUUGUGCAAAAUUGUUCUUGUGUAUAAUCAAACAGUGCUGAACUUUAAUGACAUUUCUGGCACUGCUGAUUUGACCUCUAAACUCAUAGACAUCACAGCGCCUUUGAAGCUUCUAACAGUGCAUGGGUGUGUGUGCGCGCACGUUUUGGGGGGUUGAACAACCCUUUGAAAUAUAAACACACAGACCAACCGGUCACACACUCUUCCACCAUCUCACUGAAGCAAGAACAUUUCCCCACUUUUACUCUCCAUUAUUAUAAAUUAUAUUGGGUAUAUAACAGACUUAAUGCACUCUUGAGGUAAAAUCUCAGACAUGAUAUUUUUAUAUGCAGAUUGAAGACUUAAGAGACUGAAGGUCCUCCAGAAAUGAUGGAUGUUUACUGCAGUAAUAAUAUUCUUCAGGCCAGAAGAACUGUGGAGCAGCUGAGACUGGAAACAGAGCUACAGAGAAUCAAGAUUUCGGCAGCAGCGGAGCAGCUGGUUCAGUACUGUCAGGAGCACAGGAGAGCUGAUCCACUGCUUACAGGCAUCGCUGCGUCCUCCAACCCAUUUAAAGACAAGAAGACCUGUGUGUUACUCUAA